UUAAGAAUUAAUUAAAAUAUAUGUAAAAAAUUAGAUAUUCAAUGGAAGUAAUUAUGUCAACGGCAUUUGGAAUCAAAUCUAAUUGUAUAAAGCAGCCAGAAAAUAACGAGUUUCUAUAUUGGGGGAAGAAAAUCUUUGGAGAGCAACCCCUUUGGAAGACUUUUUUAAUGUUCGUACCUCAAAUAAUGAACUUUCUUUCUCUUCCUGUUACGGACACAGGCGUUACCGAGUUUUUUAUGAAAUUAUUUCGUGAUAACGUGGAAUACAGACGAAUUCAUAAUGUCGUCAGGAACGAUUUUAUGAAUGUGCUCAUACAACUUAUGGAGAAGGGCUAUGUUAUACCUGAUGACAAGAAGGACAUUACCGACAUAUCAUGUAAAUACAUAUUUAUUAUAAUAUUAAUCGCGCUUUUUUAUUGUUUACUUGUUUUAUUGUGACUUCAAAAUAAUGUC